AUGGAAAUUGAGUAAGUGAUUUUUUCUUGUGAAGUGAUAAGAAGACAUCUAAUAGUGAAUAAACAUUAUUGUCUACAGUUAUUAAACAACAGAAUAUUGAUUAGAGAGAAUUUAGAACAUCCUGCUAAGUAUUAGAUUGAAUUAAAUCUAAAGGGAUAAAUAAGUUGGAAAUUAGCUGAUGAUCAUAAGAUUAAAGAAUUUGGUGUCAAAUACAACAAUAAGCUCAAAUGGUUUACUGGAAUAUCUGAAUAGUUACAUUAACUCAAGCAUCUUAUUUCAAAUAAAAUAUUCAUGACUGGAAUUUCAAUUUUUUAUUCGUCACAUGAAUUACUUGGAACUGGAGCAUCUUGUAAAGUGAUUUUGAUUAAAGAUUAUGCCACUCAUUUAUGUUAUGCAGCUAAAUGUGUUAGUAAGGAUUACAUAAGAAAAAAGAAAACAUCUGAUAGAUUUGAUAGGUUAGUGAAUGAAAUUGAAAUAUUAAGAACCUUAAAAUCACAUCCUAAUUUAAUCAAAUUGCAAGAGUUAUACGAAGGGGAAAAUAGUUACUAUUUAAUAUUUGAUUAUUUGGAAGGAGAGACUCUCCACAAAUAUGUCAAGAAUAAUGGUCAUCUCAUGACAGAACCUACUGUAAGGAGUAUCCUUUAAUAACUAUUGUUAGGAAUCAAAAUGUGCCAUCAAUAAAAUAUAAUACAUAGAGACAUGAAAUUAGAAAACGUGGUACUUACAAAAACGAAUAAACCAGAAAACAUUAAGAUUAUUGACUUUGGAUUGGCUAUUUUUAAUACUCAGAAUCAUCCUUUUUCCAUCUGUGGAACUCCUGGUUAUAUUGCACCUGAAAUUUUAAAUUAUGAAGAUAACAAAUAUAAGUCAGAGUAAUUUAUUUACACUCCUUAGAUUGAUAUGUUUGGAAUUGGAGCCAUGCUAUAUAGAAUAAUGACAAGAGAACCUUUAUUCAAUGCCGAUAAAACUAAAGAACUUCUACAUAAGAAUUAAAAAUGUCUAUUUAUAAAAAGAACCAUUUCUCAAUAUUCUUAUAUUCUGAAUUAAAUUCUUUUUGGAUUGCUGGAGUUUAAUCCAAAAAAAAGAUUCUCUGCUGAUCAAGCCUUGGAAUUACUUUAAUCUCAAUAAAUCAAUUAAAUAACUUUGAAACAUGAAUCUAACAGAAACAUUAAUUUAUCGCAAGAAUUUCAAAUACCUACAGACUUGGAUGUUAUUUAAAUUCCUUAUUUAUUUCCGAAUAGGAAAAUCAAAAAGGAAAUGGGUUUUUAUCAUUCAUAUCAUAUCAACGAAGAUAUAAUAUAAGGAUUUAGGAAAUCUUAUCUACCUUCUUUUAGUAUAAGACAGAGUCUGGAUGUUGAUCAUGAUAGUUUAAAAGAGGAAACUGACAGAGAUUAAGUUUUAGAACUAUGA